UGUGCUUAAGACCCUGGACCUUGGUGUCCAGGUUCAAAUCUCUGGGCUUCGUAUGGAUUUACAAGGUUUUGUAUAGACAGGCACCCAGUGCAUAUUAUGCAGCUUAGAUUCCCAGCUUUUUGAAUUGUAUACUAUAAUCACUGGCUGGUUGAAGAUUAGAUCAAAUUGAUAAGAGCAGAAGAUGACACUCCAUGUUAUGUCAAUAUCUUAAGCAUCGAGUAUCUAUCUCUCUCUCUCUCUCUCUCUCUCUCACACAUCGGUUAUUACUCAAUUGCAGCCAGAUAUGGAGAAACCAAAUGUAUAAUCCACGCCAACACAACGAGAGAGAAGAAGCCUCAUGAUGUUCUCUGGUGCAGAUGCGGACAUAUUUCAUUGAAAAGCACAAAGCAACACAGCGCCAGAAGUAGCAGCCUCGAUCUGAUGAGUUGUUGCAAACGACAAUGGAUUUCUGGAGAUCAAGUUCUUUAUCAUUGGGCGAGUGGAUCUGCGCGGCAUUUAUACUGUUUGUAGUGAUCAUAGAGGUGUUGAUUUUUGUUGUGACCGAUUGCUUUAGCGACCGUCCUCGCCCAACCAAACGACGUUUCACUUUCGGCAAUAUGUCUGUCCUCGCCGAUGAAAUCAGAUUUAUUGUUAAUGAGCUGGAGGCAUUGUAUGAGUUGUUUAAAAAGCUGAGUAGUUCAAUUAUCGACGACGAAUCGAUUCAUAAGGAAGAGUUUCAAUUAGCACUAUUCAGAACUCCCUAUGGUGAAAAUCUUUUCCUGGACAGGGUAUAUGCUUCAUACCAACAUCUUGAACUAAUUGACUAGGAUAUAUAUAAUUCCCUGCACCAACUUACGCGAACUAGAUUUUGCUUUUCUAGGUUUUUGAUCUCUUUGAUGAAAAGAAAAAUGGUGUCUUUGAAUUUGAUGAGUUUGUUCAUGCACUCAAUGUCUUCCAUCCAUGCCCUUAUAGAUGAUAAAA